AAAUAUGUCAUGUGAUCUUAUGUACAUCCGGUUGGAAGAGGCGUUCUCGAAACUGGUCAUUUUAAAGCCAAUUUUUUCAACAAAAUUCUACCAUGUUGGCAUUUUUUCAGCGUAUUCUAGACUGGUUUAAAAGCCUGUUUUGGAAAGAGGAGAUGGAACUUACCUUAGUUGGUUUACAAUAUUCAGGAAAGACAACGUUCGUAAAUGUUAUUGCUUCUGGUCAGUUCAAUGAGGACAUGAUUCCAACAGUAGGCUUCAACAUGCGUAAAAUUACAAAGGGAAAUGUCACAAUUAAGUUGUGGGACAUCGGGGGCCAGCCCAGGUUUAGAAGCAUGUGGGAGAGAUACUGCCGUGGAGUCAAUGCUAUAGUAUACAUGGUGGAUGCAGCUGAUCACGACAAACUGGAAGCAUCAAGAAAUGAGCUUCACAAUCUUCUGGACAAACCUCAGCUGCAGGGCAUUCCUAUUCUUGUGCUGGGCAACAAAAGGGAUUUGGAAGGGGCUUUGGAUGAGAAAGAACUCAUUGAGAGAAUGAAUUUGGCAGCUAUUCAAGAUAGGGAAAUUUGUUGCUACUCAAUAUCUUGCAAAGAGAAGGAAAACAUUGAUAUUACCCUUCAGUGGUUGAUCCAGCAUUCCAAGUCAGGACGUUAAGGGUACACAGUUGCUGUGUUUUUAGCAGAGCUGGCUGAAUCUGAGUGACUGACUCCAAAUGAAUUCAAAAGACAUCUCAAGAGCAUGGCUGUGUGGAUGUGGUUGCUGCUAACAGAUAUUUCAUGCUGAAGGACUUUUUUGUGUUUUCAACAACUGAUGGGGGAAACUGUUCACAGAAUAAGUGAAAAUAAUUCAUUUCCAGUUGGACACCCACAAGUUUUCCUUUUUCUUAACCUGGUUGUGUACCUAAAUAAGUGGCACAUCAGCUUCAGAUUUAGGGUUAUUUUGGCACUGAAUAUUUUGACUGAUUUUCUUCUUUCCAGCUGAUUGAUACAAGGGUAAAAGUCACGUGUUAUUUUUCUUGGCUUUAUCAAAAUGACCUCUUAACAUAGUACAGUAAUUCUUGAAACUUGUUUGGCACUGGUUACCUGAUAAAUAAUACAGCAGUUCUUUGAGCUUGGUUGGAACUGGUUUAAUGUCUAGCAUACUGAAUAAGAGACUUUUUAUUCUGAAAAAUGAGAACAUAUUGUCUGGAAUUUAAACAUUGUCUCCCACUUCAGUGUAAUUCAAAGCUAGGUAACUGCUGUUCCUUGUCAGUUGCACAUAAUUUUAUGUAGAUAUUUAUGAAUGAGUUACACCAAAGACUAGAGGGGUUUUUUUCUGUUUCCAGGGUUGAUGGGAACCUUUCCAAGCAUGCUCGGUCGUCUCUGAUUUAUACUGUGUGCAAUUUUCUUCUUAAUUAAACUGCAUUCAUUUUUUUCUCUUAAUAGUUUGAGUAUCUUCUUCAUGACAGAAACAUUCUGAAGACUGAAACAUUUCUUUUUCUUUAACUAAAGCUCAUUCAUGUUGCCUAACAAAAUGAUGAAAGAUUAAUAAAAAGAAUAAAGACUAAUCAUACAAUUAAACAUUGGUAGCUUUUAAUAAUAGGAUUUAUAUAGCACAUUUCCCUACAAAUAGGCAAGCUCAAAGCACUCUACAGGAGACAAGGGGCAGUUAGGUAAUGCCAUAUGGCAGAAAUGAGCAUCAUGAUUAGGCAAAUAUGUACUCAAACAUUUUAACACAGCAAUGACUGGUUAUGUUAUAACAUUUUUUAAAAGUAAUGUUCAUAGGUGUUAAAUGUCACUGGGGAGGGUGGAUGGGAAAAGCUUUAGCCUACAUUGCCCUCUCUCAUGUGCGGACACUCGUGUAUAAGUAAAUAUUAUGUGAUAUCACCAACACUUUGAUCAUUUGACAUAGAACAAAUUGUGUGCAUGAGAGGCAGGGGACAGAGAAUGUGCAUGCCUGUGUAUCUGUAUUUAAAUAUGUGCAUAUUGGGGUUGUGCACAUGAUGAGAUCAUGUUUUUGUUGAUCUCUUUGUCCUUUGAGUUUGAAUGAGCUUAAAUUGAUUUGAUGAGCCACAGUGUUUCAACAUUGGAGUGUUUGCAUGUUCUGUGGUCAUGCUGUAGCUUUACGCAUUUGGAACAGCAUCAGUUGCCUUUUAUAGGAGGCAAACAGUAAGUAAAAGGAACCGGGCCAUUUUUUACUUUCUAAAGUUUAAUUCCCAUUUGCAGAGACUUUAUGCAAAACAUAAGUGAGAAAAAUGGUAUAAGAUAGUAAACAUAAAUAUUUAGAUAAUUUGAUGUGAAAGCAGCAAAUCUGUUCACAAAAUUGUUUCUUCCCCCCCCCCUCCUUUCCCCUAAUAGUGUGGCUGGUAAAUUAGGAAACUGUGAAAAAGUCAUUGAUAAUUUUGCUCAUCAAAUGUAGUAGCUUUUUCUUAUACUUGUAGAGGAGGUGUAUGUGUUUAUUCCGUUAUGUGAAUAACAGUUGAGGUCAUAAGACUCAAAUGCACAUAUAACCUUAAGGUUGCACUUGUUGCAUAACUGCAGAAGCUACAAUGUAGAUGGCCAGAUAAACUGUUAAACUGCUUUACACUGUGCAAGUUUUUUUGAAUUUUAUAAUUAUAUGUUCUCUGUUGUAUUGACAUGCUUUUGUAAAUGUGCAGCUUCUAAUUGUUAUAAAAACUUGUAUGCUUUAUUAAUUAUGAACGUUUGUAGAUGCAAGAGUGAAAGCAAAUGAAUCUUUUGUAAAGUCCAAGUGUGUUGUGUUUAAGAUUGUUAAUGGAAUGCAUGCAUGAGAACAUUUUCAGAAAUCAGAUCCAUAAUAGCAGUCUUUAGCUUAUUUACUUCUGCUCUAAUCACAGCUUAAGAAAAAAAGUUAUCCAUCAUAGUACAUCAUACAGGUGCUGCAUUACAGUUUCAUUCACCAGGUUUUGUUUAAAUUGGAAUACAGGCAAAUAGUGCUCAUUGCACAGUCAUUUGGUAUUGUUCUGUGCAUGCUUUCGGGUCUGUUUCAUUGUUGUAGCUCGAAUUGUUUAUUGUGCAAUGGUUUACCUAUAGUUUUUUCCAUAAAAUAGCUUCUAAAUAUAAAUAAAGUUAGAUUAUAAAAGGCCCAA